CGACAGACAAACCAGAACUCAACCAGCAAGGAAAAUGUUCACUUCUUUGCUCUUCUGCAGUUGUUUGGUCGCCUUUUUGUCCACCGGCUCGGUCAGCACCGCCAACAGCAAGGUGGACCCAACGGCUUAUGCCAAUCUAUUGGCGCUAUUACUUACCGGAAACACGGAAUUGGCAUCACCUGAUGAUAGCCCGUAUCAGCGAAGGCUUCCACAGCAAGCAGCAGCCCCGUCUUUUUAUGGUAAUCCAGUCGUUGACUAUCAGUCGUACUAUCCAAUGUAUCCCACGCAGCAACCAAUGGGCCCGAACAUGUACGAUCAGGGAAUAGUUCAGUACGCAGAUGAAUCAGAGCUUCAGUAUCGCUCAGGAGCAGUCCAUCCUCGUUUCUUUGGACUGAAUUCUUUGUUAAGUUCUUUGAGAGGACCACCUGGUCCUCCAGGUCCCCCAGCUGGAGCAUCGAUCCCAACUGGCCCUCCUGGCCCUCCAGGUCCUCCCGGUAAUGCUGGCGCAGAUGGUAACCCUGGUCCUGAUGGUAACCCCGGUCCCGAUGGAGCUGCAGGUCCUGACGGAAAUCCUGGUCCCGACGGAGCAGCUGGUCCCGAUGGAAAUCCUGGUCCCGACGGAGCAGCUGGUCCCGAUGGAAAUCCUGGUCCAGAUGGCCAACCUGGUCCAGAUGGCCAACCUGCACCUGCACCUUAAGAAAUUUCCUCGAUAUUUUUGUUUUGACUAAAGAACUCCACUUUUAAGAGUGAUGAAAAGCAACCGAAUUUGGUUGACGGUAUUUAUAUUAUUACAGGGUUUGAAGGGAAUGGUGAAACUUACUUAGAAGUUUGUGUUUUCAGUAUUUCAAUUGAAUAAACAGCAUCAGUUAAAAAAUA